ACCCCCAUAGAUUCUGCAAAGACGAAAGCGCGACGCGCACUGCAUGCCGCCAUGAUUUCCGAUGCAAGCGAUCCCUGCCCUUGGCUUUUUGGCCGGUCGAGCGGAGCCAAUCUCGGGGAGCAUUACAUCUGAAGCAACCUUUUACGGCGACCACCACCUAUAAGAGAAUCCACCACGCGUGGCUGCACGAAACACACAGCUCGUGCAGGCAGAUUCCAGAUAUACACACAAGGCAAAAGACUAGAGGCAGACCGCAGACGACGGUGACCAGGGGUCGUCUACUGCGCGUACAACGCUUGGCGUCCUUGCCACGCGCACGGUGUCGCUACGCGCGCUUUUUCCUCUUUCACGCAGUAGCAGUAGGAGAAAAGACUCUGCCUGCACCUUGCAGCCAGCGACGGCGCGAGUCCUUGCGUGCGUCUCCCGUUCCCGGCCCGCGCUCCCUCGCCUUGCUUUCCUCGGCGCCUUCGUCGUCUCUUCCUCUCGCCACUAGUAGCCAGCCAUUGGAGGCGCGUAGGGCUGGGCGGUUGCAGUGAGCAGCGGUAGCAUGGGGAUCAGGAGGCAGCACGGUGCUGCUACGAUCGUCUUGGGGAUCAUCCUGGAGCUCGUCCUCUUCCGCUUGGCGACGUCGCAGUCGUUCAUCGGGGUCAACUACGGGACGAUCGCGGACAACCUGCCGCCGCCGGCGUCGACGGCCAGCCUGCUCAUGUCCACGUCCAUCGGCAAGCUCCGCCUGUACGAGCCACAGCCGGACCUGGUCGCCGCGCUCGCGGGCUCCAACAUCUCCAUCCUGCUGGGCAUCCCCAACGGCGCCGUCCCGAACCUCGCGUCCUCCCCGGCCGCCGCCGCGUCCUGGGCCGCCGCCAACAUCCCCACCACCGUUCCCGUCUCCGCCAUCUCCGUCGGCAACGAGCUGCUCAACUCCGGCGACCCCACGCUCGCGCCCCAGCUCCUCCCCGCCAUGCAGAACCUGCUCGCCGCGCUCCCGGCGGGCUCGACCACCAAGAUCUCCACCGUGCACUCCAUGGCCGUGCUGUCGGCGUCGGACCCGCCGUCCUCCGGCGCGUUCCACCCGGACCUCGCCGGCAGCCUGGACCCGGUGCUGGACUUCCUGCACCAGAACGGGGCGCCCUUCAUGAUCAACCCGUACCCCUACUUCGCGUACGCCUCCGACACGCGGCCGGAGACGCUGGCGUUCUGCCUGUUCCAGCCCAACGCGGGGCGCGUCGACGCCGUGUCGGGGCUCACCUACACCAACAUGUUCGACGCGCAGCUGGACGCCAUCCGCGCCGCGCUGGACGCCAAGGGGUACAGCGACGUGGAGAUCGUCAUCGCCGAGACCGGGUGGCCGUACAAGGGCGACGCCGACGAGGCCGGCGCCACGGUGGACAACGCCAAGGCCUACAACACCAACCUCGUGGCGCACCUCAAGUCCCAGGUCGGCACGCCGCGGACGCCGGGCAAGUCGGUGGACACGUACAUCUUCGCGCUCUACGACGAGGACCUCAAGGGGGGCCCGGAGUCGGAGCGGUCCUUCGGGCUGUACAAGACAGACCUGACGGCGAACUACGACGUCGGGCUCGCGAAGAGCAGCAGCACGGCGGCACCGACCAGUUUGACUCCGGUUCCGGCACAGGGCACGCCGCAGCCGAGCAAAGGGACGAUGCCGACGGGGUUCUGCGAGACCACGGCCGCCGUGCCAGGCAGCAAGCAGGGCCAGCAGUUGCCACAGAGCAGCUCGUGCUACAUCCCGGGCGGAGCCGUGUCGCAGCGAGCUGACGCCGGCACAUGGCAGCUUGUUUUGUUUGGUGUUUUGCUGUGCUUGGUCACGGUAGCCGUCAACUAGUUACAGCAGUAUCUGUGUGCGACGGAACAAGUACAAGUUUUUGCAACACACUGUGUGUCACAGUUGUGCGUAUAGAUUCGCCACCGUAUUAGACUUCAGGAAAGCUGCUAGGCAUAGUCGAAUGGUCGAAUGUUGAGCUACACGGUUAACUUGCUUUGGCCUCCACAGCUCCACCUGUGCAAUCCCUUUUGUAAUUGGUAGUACAGAAAUAUAAAAAUCAGAUGGAUUCCGCGAGCUUUCUCAAAAAAGGCGGAACAA